GCAGUGCUCCAGUAUCAUACUGUGACUGUGCUUCUGAAGUAAUGCAGUUUGUCUUCAGUAGUUUUUGUGUUUCACAGUUUUAGAAGGCUGAGUUUUAGAACAGGCGGUGGCACCUGAGGAAGUCAAGGUACCAAUUAACUAUGUUUGCGCAGUGGGAUUGUAACAUGAUGUAAUCUACCUGACUGCAGCCUUCUUUCUCUCCAAAAUGACCUUUGAACAUGGGCGAGGUUAUGAUUACAAGAUUACUGUUGCCAGGCGACAGUUUCUAAGGAAACCCAUGUAUUACACCCUUGUGGCAGUUCUUGAAGGAGACGCCACCUCUGAAACUCCUCCUCACCUUUUCACGAGCUAGAAGAAGAGCUGUCACAUUCCUUCGCUUCAGAGGGCUUCUCUCCACACUUUACCUUCUGACCAUCUGCUGUGGUUUCACUUCUCUGAGCUGCAUCGUGUAAUUGAGUCUUCCCUCUGCAGAGAUGGUGGCAGUCAGGUCCUUGCUGUGAUCAGGCACAAACCUAAAGCACCAAUAAACCACGCAGGCACUCCUCUCUCUGGUGUGGGAGCAAGAAGAGAGACUCGAUGAAAGAUGACAGAGGAGGUGAUUGUUAUAGCCAAGUGGGACUACACCGCUCAGCAGGACCAGGAACUUGACAUCCGGAAAAAUGAGCGCUUGUGGCUCCUAGAUGACUCCAAAACCUGGUGGAGAGUCCGCAAUGCCUCCAACCGCACAGGUUACGUCCCGUCCAACUAUGUAGAACGCAAGAACAGUCUAAAAAAAGCUUCGCUGGUGAAGAACCUGAAGGAUACUCUGGGCCUCGGGAAAACGAAAAGGAAGACAAGCACACGCGAUGCCUCUCCCACACCCAGCACAGACGCAGAGUACCCCUCCAACGGUAGUGCAGGAGGGGGUGGAGUGAGCGGAGCUGAGCGGAUCUAUGACCUGAACAUUCCUGCGGUGGUGAAGUUCUCCUACGCGGCUGAGCGAGAUGACGAGCUGAGUCUGGUUAAAGGGGACCGGGUGGUGGUGAUGGAGAAGUGCAGCGACGGCUGGUGGAGAGGCAGCCACUCCGGCCGAGUCGGCUGGUUCCCCUCCAACUACGUGCGAGAAGAUGUAGCGUACGGGGAUGUGGACGGGAGCUACGGGGACACGCUGGGGGGCUACCGCUCGCUGAGAGUGGGGCAGGGAGCAACUGUGGCUAAUGGGCGACCAGGAGGUGCAGGAGUCCCGGUGCUCCAUGUGGUCCAGACUCUGUACCCCUUCAGCUCCGUCACUGAUGAGGAACUGAACUUUGAAAAGGGCGAGACCAUGGAGGUGGUGGAGAAGCCGGAGAACGACCCCGAGUGGUGGAGGUGUAGGAACAGCAGGGGGGUUGUGGGUCUUGUGCCCAAGAACUAUGUGGUGGUCCUCAACGAUGGGGUGCCCACCAGAGGUCCUGCUUCGGGCCCUGGGUCCCCUCACAUUGGUCAUAUGGGGCCUGCGCGCACAGGCAGGUUUGCUGGCAAGGAUUGGUACUACGGCAACGUGACGCGGCACCAGGCAGAGUGUGCGCUCAACGAGCGAGGAAUGGAGGGAGACUUCCUUAUAAGAGACAGCGAGUCAUCGCCCAGUGAUUUCUCUGUGUCUCUGAAGGCAGCAGGGAAGAAUAAGCACUUCAAAGUGCAGCUGCAGGACGGGGUCUACUGCAUCGGCCAGCGGCGCUUCAACACUAUGGAGGAGUUGGUGGAGCACUAUAAAAAAGCGCCCAUCUUCACCAGUGAACAGGGAGACAAACUCUACCUUGUGAAACCUUUAGCCUGAUCUCAGCAUUCUCUCCUUCUCUCUCUCUCUCUCUCUCUCUCCCUUUCUAUUUCUCUCUAAUUCUCUGGACUUUUCUCGAUUUCACACCUCGUUCUAGUACUCUUGCCUUCUUUCCCUUCCCUUUUUUCUUCCUCCUUGCUCUUUUUCUUUUUAUCUGCCUCCUUCAUGGACUUUAGUGAAGCCUCGGGCUGGAGACCUGGAUCCUCUUGUGAGCGAAGAGGAUGAUGUAUAUUUUGGUGAGGGCCACAUGCUUCCUGACUGGCCUCUUGUCAAGUAGCGAAGUUGAAAUAUCCUUAUGGCUGUUAGAAUUCUCCUUGUAUGGAAUUCUGACCUCUGUGGAGGUCCCAGUAAUAAUAAUAAUGAAAAAAUCUGAUCUGAUGUCGCCUUCACUAAGUGACCACUGUUAGCACUCUCUAUGCCUUUGGUUGACAGCUCCUGUGCUCUGUAUCUGAUUUAUAAAACAGUGUUAGUUCAUGGCUGCAUCCCUUCUGACACCAACUUUACGCUGUUUCUGACAUUUAGUUCGCGUAACGCAUCAGUAAUGCUGUCCUUGCUAGAAACACUUGGGGUCAGCUGUAGUGGGAGAUCUGUAGUGGGGGGGAUUGGGCUUGAGGUUAUAGCAUGUAAUGAUGUUCAACUGUUCAGAUAUUGCUUAUACAAUUUACAUACAUCACUUCACAGCAGUCUUUAUUGCACUGCCUUAAGGGCAGUGUGUGAAGUUCAGAAUGGGAUGCAGCCCACUCAAAAGGGCCAGUCUACAGGCCGCCUCAGCUCCUCUGCAUGUGCCCCCACUGCAGCCGACUGUACAGAAGCAAUGGACGCUAAACCGAAAGCUAAACCAACGUGGCUCUUUCAUUUUGGACACUGUAGCUAUACUGUGCGCUCUCUCUCUCUCUCUCUGUCUCUCCAUCCUGAGACUGUUUCAGCCUUCAAGCUGAAUCUUCCAAAUGCUGAAUUCCAUUUCUCUGACCUGGUCCAUCAGGUUUUACUUUUCCCAGCUCAUCCAGGGUUUACCACACAAUCCUGAUUCAUUAUUCAUGGGUUCUUUAGGUUCAGGAGGUUUACUUUCCUCAACCCUGACCAAUUAAGUAAGAAUUAAGGACAGGUGGGGGGGGGCUUUUUCGUGUGUGGCCAGUUCAGGAGUUUGAAUGUGUGUCUCUCUACAACCAAAUGUGCCACCCAUCUCCAGUCCUGCUCUGCUCAGUGUCUUACAGCUCCUAAGCAACUCGUUAUCAACAACGUUCUGGCGCAUCUUCUCUUCUGUUGUCGCAGUAACACACACACACACACACACACAAGGCUAGCUGAUUGUGAACACUAAUUUAAGAGUAAUAAUACAUGGAAACUGAUUAUUCUUCUCUUCUUUUUCCAGGUCUGUCUGUUUACCAAUAAAAGUGUUGAUCAAAGGGUUUCUCAGCUUUUUAAAAAAAAAAAAAAGAGAUAAUGUUCUGAAUGUUAUUGAACAGUUAUUUAAUUCCUCUUUCCACUGUAUGUAAAUAAAUAUAUAUAAAUAUAUUAUGAGAAAAGAUAAGGUGCAUUUAUGAAUUGUUUAGAUCCAGCAUUACUGUACUGUACUGAGGACAGGGUGGUGAGAAUUAAAAUACUUUUGUUCAAUAAAAGUUUUGCAGAAUAAUGAGAUGAAAUUG